GAGCUGGUCACUCAUUCCCGCUCGCGCCCUUGAUUCUAUUCCGUUGUCAAACUCCAUCUUCUAGUAUUCUCUUAACAAAAUGCAGCUACUGCAUGAUAAUAUCUAAACCAAACCAUCCCGCCAUUUCUUUCACAACGUGGCCAGCCAUUUGCCACCUUCUCUUCAUUCUCGAUUACCUAACCACAUCCUCACCCUGCCACCCGUUGUCGCCAUCAUGGUCCGCACUCGAGCUCAGAUAGAUCAACCCUUGACAGGAAAUCGACCCCAGGGCAUCCGCAAAAGCGCACCUCAAAAGCUCCGUCGCCUCCGAGACCCAGACCCGACAGGCACGCCACAUGAGCAAGCUCUAUCAGAUCAAGUGAAAGUCCCGUCAUCUCCAACGGGUGGACCUCUAAAACGAAAGAAUCGACAAAUAUCCGUCGAACGCAAAAAUCAGGAGCUGUUGCAUGCCGUUGCAGAUCCACUCAAGCAUACUUCAGACGAACACUCUCGGAAACGCAGACGAACAUCUCCUGACCAACAAGACCCUUCUAACCAUUCUCUCCGUCCCGCAGGCAACUCUCCGCCCCUUUCUAAGCCUCUCGAGCCCCCAGCUUUGCCAAAUCUGCCAGUAUCGCCGGCUCUCGUCCCGAGGAGAGAAGGCUCUUGGCCCAAGAAAUAUUUCGAACAGGACGAUUACACUAGGAAAGAUUUUGAUAAGCUAAUGGACUCAACUACAAGGGUUCAAGCCCUUCUGUUCCCAUGUUACGAUCCAGUCGCAAGGCUUCGUUUCGCGGAAAGGGAUGCCUCGGCAUCUCUCAGCCGCAAGCGAUCUGGAUCUAACAGUUCCACAUCAACUUCGAUGCCGCCACCUUCUACAACGAUGGCGUCCAGCGAUUGGAGACCAAGAGAAGAGAAGAGCGCCCCGUACCGGAGUGUCCAAUACGAGUCCGCACUCGAGGCUAAUGGUUCAUACAUGAAGACGUCACCGUUUGGUAUUACGGAUGAGAGCAAGAACCUUUGCAGGACCCUCCUCAACACUGAACAACCAGCUCCUAAAGGCACACUCUUCGACGACGAUGUCUUUGAGAGUACCUGCGAGAGUCUUGCGAACAAGAACGAGGCGACGGUUUUCCUAGAUAUUCUUCGGCUGAUCGUUCCUUCGGCGGUGCAUUACGCUCUUCGUGCCAAACACCUCGAACACCUCAAUCACCUUACCGAAAGUGUGAAUGAGGGCUGGAACAGAUGUUUCCCCUUGACCGGCAUUCGUCCUCAGCCCGAUUACUCUGUUGGUUUCCAACGAGACGCCUUCACCCAAGACCAGAUCGAUAAACUCAUGCCCUUUACUGGUGACAUGGGAUACCGGUCCCUUUUCAAGGCCACAUACCACAUGUACUUUCCGUUCCUCACCUGUGAGAUGAAGUGCGGCGCUGCGGCACUCGAUAUCGCAGACCGCCAGAAUGCCCACAGUAUGACACUUGCGGUGCGAGCCAUCGUCGAGCUCUUCCGUAUUGUCAAGCGCGAAGAUGAAGUUAACCGGCAAAUUCUUGCCUUCUCCGUCUCGCACGACCACCAAUCUGUACGGAACUACGGCCAUUACCCGGUCAUAACAGAAAAAGACACCAAAUAUUAUCGGCACCCGAUCCGCAAGUUUGACUUUACUGACUUGGACGGCAAGGAGAAGUGGACAGCGUACCGAUUCAUCAAGAACAUCUACGAUAUAUGGGUGCCCGAUCAUUUCAAGAGGAUUUGCUCUGCCAUUGACCAGUUGCUGGUGCCAGAUUCCGGAAAUUCAUCGCCUUCUGAGGCAACUGGACUUUCGCAGAAUUUGGGAAAUCUGAUGCAGUCAGAGCAGCCCAUGGCCACUUCAUCGCAGAACUUGGGAAAUCCGAUGCAGUCAGAGCAGCCCAUAGCCACUCCACCGCAUGACUUGAGAAAUUUGGUGCAAUCGGAACAGCCUACAGCCCCUCCAUCGCAGGACGUGGGGAAUCCGGUGCAGUCGGAGCAACCUACAGCCCCUCCAUCGCAGGACGUGGGGAAUCCGGUGCAGUCGGAGCAACCUACAGCCCCUCCAUCGCAGGACGUGGGAAAUACGCUGCAGUCGGAGCAACCUACAGCCCCUCCAGACACUUCACGUACAAGACCGAAGGCGGCAAAGAGGAGGAAGGGUCAAGUCAAGACGUGAAUACGUAGGUAGCAUUGUUUUGGAUAUCACACAAGCCGUCGUGACGUGAUGGUCAGUUGGUGCGUGUCCCCCCCAAUUAUUCUCCUUCCCUUGAGUCCCUGAAGUCGCCCGUCUCUUCAAGUUCCAUCUCGAAUUUAAAUUCCCGGAAUGAUUAAUUGCUGGGAAGCUGCUUCUCUCCGGGCAGUUCAAUUGCCACUGUCAUUAGACAUGAAAGCCAUCAUAGAACCGUAGACGACAGACAGCCCGAGAACGCUUCGUUCUUUGUAGCACCUAGGUACUUUUUCAACAUACAUGCCUGACCCAUCCUUGUUGCCCGAGUCUAAGUAAUCCAGGCCACUUCAUUCUCCUAGAAGGCCCCGCUCGUCCAAGAUAAAUUACAUACACGCAGGUAGUAGGUACGGUAGUAACGUAGACUGCGGCCGUGUCGGACCAAAGAAAGCACGAUACCUUUUUUUUUUC